AUGCACAUUCACUCCGGCGUUUUCGCGAGGUCCCUCGAUGAAGAACCAGAAUGGAAGCGAAGGUAUCGCGAAGAGCGAGAAAAGCGAUUACAUGCUCGCCCCGAAGGCAGUGAGCAAUAUCGCCCUAUCAAGGGAACAAUAUCUCACUACCUCGACGAUCCAUGGAAAGGCAUCGACGAGCACGUUCGUGAACCAUUCCAUUUUGACGCGACCGUCAUUAUCGUAGGAGGUGGUUUCGCCGGGCAGCUCAUGGCCAGAAACCUGCUCGACCAAGGCAUCGCCGACUUCCGCAUAAUUGAGAAGGGCGCAGACUUCGGCGGGACGUGGUAUUAUAAUCGGUAUCCUGGUGCUCAGUGCGAUACGGAGUCGUAUAUUUAUAUGCCUAUGCUGGAUCUGGUGGAAUAUAUUCCCACAGAGAAGUAUGCUCACGGGCCAGAACUGUUUCAGCAUGCCAGGAACAUUGGUGAGAAAUUGGGGUUGUAUGAGAAGACGCUGUUUCGAACUGAGCUUAAGGAGAUCCAUUGGCAGCAGGAUUCUGGUCUAUACACACUGAAAACUGACCAUGGCCACCGGAUUCGGGCUCAAUUUGUCAUCGGCGCUGCUGGAUCUUUGCAUCGCCCCAAACUGCCUGAUCUACCUGGGCUGGAGUCUUUUGCGGGGCAUAGUUUCCACUCCAGUCGAUGGGACUAUAGCUAUACGGGUGGAGACGUGAGUGGCAACCUGGCGAGACUCCAAGACAAGCGAGUCGCAAUCGUCGGCACAGGAGCCACGGCUGUGCAGAUUGUGCCGCACCUGGCAGACUGGGCAAAGAAGCUCUACGUGGUGCAGCGUACACCAUCUUCAGUGGGCAUUCGAGCGAAUAGGCCGACAGAUCAAGAAUGGGCGAAGACUUUGGCAGGCCAAUGGCAGAAGCCCAGGAUGGUAAACUUCAACACGCUUCUCAGCGGCGGCAGGGUUUCUGAAGAUCUAGUCCAAGAUGGAUGGACACGCUUGCGACAGGCACUGCUUCCUCGAAAGACAGCAGACACCACACCGGAGCAGCUUGCUGAGAUGCGUGACGCGGCAGAUCUGGCGCUAAUGGAGGGUGGUCGUCGCCGUGUCGAUGAAGUAGUAAAGGACAAAGCUACGGCGGAAGCUCUGAAGCCUUGGUACAAGACGUUAUGCAAGCGCCCAUGUUUCCACGACGAAUACCUUCCCGCGUUCAAUCGACCGAAUGUGCAUCUAGUCGACACGCAAGGCUUAGGUGUUGACCAUCUGACCGAGCGAGGCUUCGUGGUAAAAGCCAAAGAGUACGAGGUGGAUUGCAUAGUCUUCGCGACUGGCUUCGAGCGAGCAACAACGUGGUCUCAUCGAGCCGGCGUGCAAGUCUACGGUAGCAAUGGCAAGACGUUCUCAGAGGCCUGCAAGGGAGGAAUGGAGACUUUCCAAGGAUGGACGAGUCGAGGCUUUCCCAACUUCUUCAUCAUGUCGGCCCAGCAAUCGUUCUUCACGCCAAACAACCCGCACGCCUCCACGGUGCAAGCAGAGCAUCUGGCAUAUGUUAUCAAAGAGUGUUCCAAGCGAGGCAUUCGUUCGGUACAGCCGACCGCACAAGCGCAGCAGGAAUGGGUCGACAUGAUUGUACAAUCGAGCAAACUCAGAAUGGCUUUCCAAGCUGAGUGCACGCCGGGCUAUUACAAUAACGAAGGUAAAGUCAAUGAUCGUAUUGCAAAAGACAGCUGGUAUGGAGGCAGAUCUUCUGAUCUUAUUGCUCAGUUCGAGGCAUGGAAAGAGGAUGGGCAACUGAAGGGUCUUGAGCUGACGCCGAAUCGUUCGUCGUCCAAGAGUCGACACGAUAUGUCGCGUAUAUAA